CGCGCCGGGGCUGCGCGCGCCGCACGGCUGAGCGGGAACUUGCGUAACGCGCGGCGGCCGCGGCGCUCGUGCGCUUCCUCCCGCUGCCCUCCUCCUUCCCCUCCGCAGGCGCCGGGCCAAGGCCGCCGGGCCGGCCGGGGAGGCGCCUUCCGCCGCCACUGAGGCCGGGCGCGGCCUCCGCCGCCGCGGCGGCGCCAUGAUGAGGCGGACGAAGCCCGAGGUGGAGCGCUACGUCGCCUCCUUGCAGGCCGCGGCUCGGUCCCCCAGAGAGAAAUCGAUGAAAGGAUUCCUCUUUGCUAAGCUGUAUUUUGAAAUAAAAGAAUAUGAACUUGCUAAAAGAUACAUAUCUACAUACCUCAAUGUACAAGAGAGGGAUCCCAAAGCACACAGAUUUCUUGGACAAAUUUAUGAAGCUGAGGAUAACAUAGAAAAAGCUUUUGGGUGUUACAAGCGUUCUGUGGAGUUGAACCCAACACAGAAAGAUCUUGUACUGAAGAUUGCCGAGUUACUAUGCAAUAAUGACAUCACUGAUGGAAGAGCAAAAUACUGGGUUGACAGAGCUGCUAAGCUCUUUCCUGGGAGCCCUGCUAUUUACAGGUUGAAGGAGCAGUUGCUGGAUUGUAAAGGUGAAGAUGGGUGGAAUCAGCUUUUUGACUUGAUUCAAGCAGAACUUUAUGCAAGACCAGAUGAUGUCUACAUAAACAUCAGACUAGUUGCGCUCUAUCGUUCAAAUAACAGACUAAAGGAUGCUGUGCUCCAUUGUCAGGAGGCAGAGAAGAGAAUACCUUUGCAGUCAAGCUUGGAAUGGUGUUCCUGUGUUGUAGAGACGUUUGAGGAAUAUCUGGAAUCUUUACAAGACUUGGAGUCUGAUAAAAAUAACUGGAGAACUAUCAAGAAAGAUCAUCUGCUGGCCUAUUCCAGCUUUGUCAAACUGACACUUUCUUCUAGAGAUGUUCAGGAAUGCCGAGAGGCACUUGAAAGUUUUGAUCGUGAGCUUCAGUCAGUAAAACCAUAUGUGAGUGUGGCUGAUGAGUUGUCUCGUACCUAUGUGGAAAUGAAAGGACAGCUGUACAUGCAUGCUGGAGCUUUGCUGCUGAAAAUGGCCCAAGACAAUGAGACACAGUGGAGAGCUAUGUGUGAACUAGCAGCUUUGUGUUAUCUCCUGAGUUUCCAGGUUCCUAAACCAAAGUCAAAACUCAUAAAGGGGGAUCAAACUGGACAAGAUAUGCUAGAAAUGUUGGCCUGUGAUCGAAAAAGCCAGUCUGGUCAUAUGCUGCUGAACUUAAGUCAUGGCAAGCAAGACUUCUUUAAAGAGAUUGUGGAAUCAUUUGCAAACAAGAACGGCUCAUUUGCAUUGUUUGAUAGCCUGUUUGAGAGUGGAGCUUCUAGGGAGAGGUCUUUUAUUGGCACAGAUGAUAUUGGAAAUGUCAGUACACAAACACCAGUGCAAGUGGAACUUCACAAAUACGAUACUGGUGCCAUUCGAUUGCACAAUGGCAGUCUCCAGCACCUCGUGUGGCUUGGCUUGCAGUGGAACUCCUUGUCAGUCUUACCCCCCAUGCGCAAAUGGUUAAAACAGCUUUUUCACUUGCCCCAAGAAACAUCAAGACUUGAGACAGAUGCUCCUGAAUCUAUUUGCCUGUUAGACCUUGAAGUGUUCCUGCUUGGGGUGGUAUUCACUAGCAACUUACAGCUGCAAGAGAAGUUUAAUUCUCACUACAGUGCACAUCAGCCUCAAUUCUUACCAUUGCCAAUAUGCAAACAACUCUAUACUGAAAAGCAAAGAUCCUGGUGGGAUGCUGUUCGUACUGUUCUUCAGAGAAAAUCCAUACCAGGAACUGCAGCAAAGCUGAGGCUUGUUGUACAGCAUGGGAUAAGUACUUUGCGAGCGCUGGAGAAGCAUGGCCUUCAACCUGCCUUAAUCAUACACUGGGCAAAGAGCUUGCAGAAAACAGGAAUUAACCUUAACUCCUUCUAUGACCAGAAGGAAUAUAUUGGACGAAGUGUCUACUACUGGAAGAAAGUUCUGCCUAUGCUGGAAACUAUCAAAAAGAAGAGGAGUAUUUCUGAGCCUACUGAUCCUCUCUUUAAACACUUCCAUAGUGUAGACAUUCAGGUCUUUCAAGUUGCAGCAUAUGAAGAAGAGGCACAGAUAGCAUUUGCUAUGUUGGAUGCAGUAGAUGGCAAAACUGAUGAUGCUUUAUCAGCAUUUGAAGCUAUUGAGAAUGUGGUAUCCUACUGGAAUCUUGCCGUGAUUUUCCAAAGAAAAGCAGAAGAGAUUGAAAAUGAUAUCAUGUUGCCAGAAGAACAUGAGGAGCAUAAAACUUACCUUCUUAAAGCCAAGUAUUAUCUAAUGAAAAUUAUUGCAGAAAGCUCUUCAGAUGUGUCAGUUGCUGAGAAAUUGCCAGUGUCUAUUGAAACUGUGAGAGAAGUGUUAGAUACAGUGAUCCAGGAACUUGGUGAGAAUGGUGAAGAGGGAAGUCUUGCCUUCAGAAAUGGUCUGUCACGAGCUGUAGAUUCAGCAAUGAAACAUUCCACUCCAUCACCAACCAAGUUCUCUCUUUCGCCGACUAAGACCUACAAGUUUUCUCCGAAAACUCCCCCUCAGUGGGCAGAAGACCAUAAAUCUAUACUUCAAAUGAUUUGUCAGCAAGUGGAAGCUUUAAAGAAUGAAAUGCAAGAAAUGAAACUUAAUUCCAACACAAAUGCAUCUCAUCGGUGGCCUGCUGAAAACUAUGGAACAGAUGCAAUGCCAGACAGUUAUCAGAGAGCACAAAAUCUUCAUGAAGCCCCAUUAACAGUUGCUACCACUGGCCCAUCUGUGUUCUACAGCCAGUCACCUGCCUAUAACUCUCAGUAUCUUUUGGGAACUGCUGCAACCAAUGUAACACCAGCAAAGCCUCCUGUCUAUGGCAUGAACCGACUUACGCCUCAGCCACAUAUAUAUUCCUAUCAACCACCACCAAUGCAUACACCACCUCUGCAAAACACUUCUGGUUGUAUGUUUUCCCAAGAGAUGUAUGGGCCGCCUCUGCGUUUUGAUUCUCCUGGUACUGCGCUCAUUUCUCCUCGUACAGCUGAUGACUACUACAACUACAGUGUUCCCCAGGCGAGCACCAACCCAACACUGCCUAAGCCGGGCUAUUUCACAAACCGUUCGGUCACACCACCCACUCUAAAGCCUGCGGAGCCAAAAGCAAUGCCUAAAUUUGGACCACCAGGAACAGCAGAAGGAUCAAAAACACCUCUGCCAACACCAGCACAGCCAAGUCAGCCAACAACUUUUAAAUUUAAACCUAACUUCAAGUCUAAUGAUGGGGACUUUACUUUUUCUUCUCCCCCUCAAGUUGCACCACAGCCCCUUAAUGCACCUUUUAAUAGUAGAGAAAGCCUCUUGGAUCUUCUAACAUCCGAUAAACCUUUACAGGAUGAUAGAUACACUGAACAAAAGCCAGUUAACGAUCCCACAAACAGUUCAAGAAAUACCUUUAAUUUUACCAAUAAACAUAUGCCAGGCAUCUCUCUUCGAGAAAACAUGGGACAAAAUGCACAUAAAAACCUGGGUUUUGAGAAGAAUGAUACAUUUAGUGUUCAAGAGCCAUGCAAGCCUGUAUUUAUGCCUUCAAAUUCAGAUUUGGCCAAUAGAAGUUAUGAAACUGAAGGAGGAAGCACCCAUGGGGGAGAUGAGGAUGAUGAUGGUCCUCAUUUUGAUCCUGUGGUGCCACUUCCUGAUAAGAUUGAAGUAAAGACAGGUGAGGAAGAUGAAGAAGAAUUCUUCUGCAACAGAGCCAAGCUCUUUCGUUUUGAUGCAGAAUCUAAAGAAUGGAAAGAAAGAGGUAUUGGAAACGUGAAAAUACUGAAACAUAAAGUAUCUGGCAAAUUUCGUCUCUUAAUGAGACGGGACCAAGUGCUGAAAAUCUGUGCAAAUCAUUACAUAAAUACUGAUAUGAAAUUAACUCCAAAUGCUGCAUCAGAUAAAUCAUUUGUAUGGCAUGCUUUAGACUAUGCAGAUGAAUUGCCAAAACCAGAACAGCUUGCAAUUAGAUUUAAAACACCUGAAGAAGCAAUGCUUUUCAAAAAAAAGUUUGAGGAGGCACAGAAUAUUUUAAAAUCCUUGGGAUCAAAUGCUGACAUGUCUGUGGCUCAGAGCAGUGGAACUGCAAAAGAAACAGCAAAUCAGGACAUCAAAGAGCCCAACAGAACCACUUCUGGGACCAUGAACUUGGGCUUUCAGUUUCCAAAAGAUGGAGCAAGCGUUGAACCUGACAGCAAAGGCACCCUUACAGCUACAUCCUCUGCAUCUAGCACUACAAUGUCAUUUGGAAAGGAUGCUCAGCAAGCCUCUUCUUCUAGUGGGUUUGCACAGCAUCUCUUGAAGAAGGAUCAAUGGGAGUGUAAAGUAUGUUUAGUUCCAAAUGAAGCAACGGUAAAGAAUUGUGUAUCAUGUCAAAGUCCAAAUCCAGGUAUGUGGGAAACACAUGGCACCCCCAUAACUGGCUCUGCAAGUUUGAAAGGGAGUGGUAACACAAUGCAGGACAAGUCUGGAUCUGCUUUUGCUAAAAAGGAAGGUCAGUGGGACUGCUCUGUAUGCCGACGCCAAAAUGAAGCAAAAGAUAUGAAUUGCUGUUCCUGUCAGAAUCCAAAACCUCAAAAUCAACCAAAUACAUCCACACCUUCUGUUCAGACAUCUGGUGCUCUGGGGUUUGGUUGCAUUGCUGAUACAAGUAAGCCCCAGAAAAACGGGUUUGAAGGGCUUUUUACUAAAAAGGAAGGUCAGUGGGAUUGUGAUACUUGUCUUGUGAGGAAUGAAGGUUCUUCACCAGCCUGUGUAGCCUGCAAUGCACCAAAUCCAUCUGCUAAGCCAGCUGGUGAUACUUUGUCAACUCCUGCUUUUGGCUUGAAAAGUAAAUUACCUGGACCUGAUGGAGGACAGUUGGGAACAGGCUUUAAGUUUGGUCUUGAGCAAGGCAAAGCACCACCAUUUACAUUUCAGAUUUCUUCUGAUACUGAAGCCAAGUCUGGAAAGGAAGGAUUUAGCUUUUCAAUGCCAAUGCCUGCAGGUGGAUUUAAAUUUGGGAUACCGGAGACUAGUAAAAAUACUGCUAAGAAAGAUGAGCUAUCCAAAGAGCAUACUGGUUUCUUAAAAAGUGUUGAUGAAAAAGACAAGAAGGAAUUGCCUUCAGACAGUGGAACUGGAUUCCUAUUUCAAGAAACAGCAGACAAGGAGAAAAUCGACUUUGUUUUUGGACAAAAUAGCAGCACUUCUACUUUUGCUGAGCUUGCAAAAAGUACUCCUAGGGAAGGCUUUCAAUUUGGCAAAAAGGACCCUAACUUCAAAGGCUUUUCAGGUGCAGGUGAAAAGCUGUUUUCUUCACAAAAUUCUAAAACAGAUCAGAAAGCAAACACAUCUGCUGACCUUGGAGAGAAAGAUGAUGAUGUGUAUAAGACGGAGGAUAGCGAUGAUAUCCAUUUUGAACCUAUAGUUCAGAUGCCUGAAAAAGUAGAACCAUUUACAGGAGAGGAAGAUGAGAAAGUGUUAUACUCCCAGAGAGUAAAACUGUUCAGGUUUGAUCCAGAAACCAGCCAGUGGAAAGAACGCGGGGUGGGCAAUCUGAAGAUUCUUAAGAAUGAAGUUAAUGGCAAAGUACGAAUAUUGAUGCGGCGUGAGCAGGUACUGAAGGUGUGUGCGAAUCACUGGAUAACGACAACAAUGAACUUGAAACAGCUGUCUGGCUCAGACAAAGCAUGGAUGUGGAUGGCCAAUGACUUUUCUGAUGGUGAUGCAAAGUUGGAACAUCUGGCAGCAAAAUUCAAGACACCGGAGCAGGCUGAGGAGUUCAAACAGAAGUUUGAAGAAUGUCAGAGGCUACUACUAGACAUACCACUGCAGACACCCCAUAAACUUGUUGAUACAGGUAGGACAGCUCAGCUUAUACAGAGAGCAGAGGAAAUGAAGUGUGGCUUAAAAGAUCUCAAAACUUUUCUGACAGAUGACAAAACUAAACUGUCAGAAGACGAAAAUGCAAACUCUGUUUGUACCAGCAGUACUUCUGAUUUGGUUAUAAAGCCACAUGCUGAAAGUACAGGCCCUACUCUGGAAUGGGAUAACUAUGACUUGCGUGAGGAAGCAUUGGAUGAUAGUGUAAGUAGUUCUGUAUAUGCAUCACCUCUUGCAAGUAGCCCUGUAAGGAAAAACCUGUUUAGAUUUGGAGAGUCUACCACUGGUUUUAGUUUCAGCUUUAAAUCUGCUUUGAGCCCAUCCAAAUCUCCUGCCAAACAGAAUCAGAGUAGAACAUCAGUAGGCACAGAUGAAGAUUCUGAUGUUACUCAAGAAGAGGAAAGAGAUGGACAGUACUUCGAACCUGUGGUACCUCUGCCUGAUCUUGUGGAAGUGACCAGUGGCGAGGAAAAUGAGCAAGUUGUCUUCAGUCAUAGAGCCAAACUCUACAGAUACGACAAAGAUGCAAAUCAAUGGAAAGAGAGAGGGAUUGGGGAUAUCAAGAUAUUGCAGAACUAUGACAACAAACAAGUUCGUAUAGUAAUGAGAAGGGACCAGGUACUAAAACUCUGUGCCAAUCACAGGAUAACACCAGAUAUGAAUAUGCAACAAAUGAAAGGAUCUGAUAGAGCCUGGGUAUGGACUGCAUGUGACUUUGCAGAUGGGGAAAGAAAAGUAGAACUUCUGGCUGUACGAUUCAAACUGCAAGAUGUAGCAGACUCAUUUAAGCAAAUUUUUGAUGAAGCAAAGCAUGCCCAAGAGAGAGAGACACUGAUAACACCUCUUUCUUCUCGUGCCAAUACACCAAAGGAAUCUCCAUGUGGUAAAAAUGCUGUAGCUGUCCUAGAAGAAACAACCAGAGAAAGAACUGAUGUCAGCCAGAGUGAUGAUAAUUCUGAUACAACUGUAGAGGCUGCAGAGGUGUCAAAUACUUCUGAAACACCAACAAAAACAGUGGUUUCUCCUCCAAAGUUUGUAUUUGGAUCUGAAUCUGUCAAGAGCAUUUUCAGUAAUGAAAAGUUAAAGACAUUCGCAUUUGGAAAUACUUCAGCCACUGGUUCUCUCUUUGGCUUCAGUUUUAAUCCCCCCAAAAAGAGUGAACGCCCUGUUCCAGCAUCUCAGAAGACAGCACAGAAAGGACUGGAAGUCUCCGAACCACCAAAAAUCUCAAAUGCUACUCAGAAGCCUGUAGACACCAAGGUAGACAACUUGCCUGCUUCAACACAAGAUGGACCGUCUAACUUCUCAUUUAGAGUUCUGGAAAAAGCUGAGAAGACCACAGUGUCAGAGGAUGAUGUUCCGUCAGAUGAGGUUGUAAUAGUUUACGAGUUAACACCUACCCCUGAACAGAGAGCUCUUGCAGACUUCCUCAAGCUCCCUUCAACAUUCUUCUGCUACAAGAAUAAGCCUGGAUAUGUGAGUGACGAAGAUGAGGAUGAAGACUAUGAAACAGCUGUUAGGAAACUUAAUGGAAGACUCUACCCCAGUGAUUCAGAAGAGAAAAAGAAAGGGCAAGGUUCUGUAAAAGCAAGCCUUGCAGGAAAAAGUGAAUUCAACAAUGAAAGAGAAUGUGCUGCUACUUGGGAGAAGAAACCAGCUCCUGAGGAGAAAGAUGAAACAAAAGCUCAGGAGGUUCCUUCUACAGCUGUUUGUGGGGCCAGUACUGACACUGAAGGUGACAGUCCAGAAGACUUAAAAUCAGAAGCUGAAAUUCAUGAAAUGAAAGAGAAUGAAGUUGCAAGCUCAAGUGACUUAGUCUGUACCAGUAAGGAAGAAAUACCUGCUCCAUCAAAGUCUGAGGUGACAGUACAUGUCCAGUCAGGUACCAGCAGUGAAGAAUCACAUUCCACCACAGAAACUGUGCAAGUACCACAGGCCUUAUCUCGAGCUGAAGACAAACCUGUAGAUUUGUCAACUAAAAAGAGUGAUUCAGAUGGUUCAGAGUCAGCACAAGAAAACAGAAUCAUCUCAUUUGGUUUUGGCAAUACUACAGGCCUGUCAUUUGCAGAUCUGGCAUCCAAGAGUUCUGAGGAGUUUGCUUUUGGCUCAAAAGAUAAAAACUUCAAAUGGGCAAAUACAGGAGCGACUGUGUUUGGAGAUACCACCCAUAAAGCAGAUGAAGAUGAAGGUGGUAGUGAUGAUGAGGUAGUACAUAAUGAAGAUAUCCACUUUGAGCCAAUUGUGUCCUUACCAGAGGUUGAGGUGAAAUCUGGAGAAGAAGAUGAAGAAAUUCUCUUUAAGGAGAGGGCAAAACUUUACAGAUGGGACAGGGAUGUUACUCAGUGGAAGGAGCGUGGUGUUGGAGAGAUCAAAAUACUCUUCCAUACACAGAAGAAAUACUAUAGAGUCCUAAUGAGAAGAGACCAAGUUCUCAAAGUCUGUGCAAACCAUGUUAUCACCAAAGAAAUGAACUUAGUGCCCUCUGAUACAUCAAACAAUGCUUUCAUUUGGACAGCCACGGAUUAUGCUGAUGGUGAAGUAAAAGUAGAGCAAUUUGCAGUCAGAUUUAAAAGCCAAGAAAUGGCCAAUUCUUUUAAGAAGAUGUUUGAAGAAUGCCAGCUAAGCUUGUCAGAACUACAGAAGGGACACUUGUCUCUGGCAGCAGGACUGUCAAAGGACACCAACCCUGUUGUGUAUUUUGAAGUUUCUGCUGAUGAUGAACCUUUAGGACACAUAACCAUGGAGCUGUUUGCAAAUAUUGUACCUCGAACUGCUGAAAAUUUCAGAGCCCUGUGCACAGGAGAGAAAGGAUUUGGAUUCAAGAAUUCCCGCUUUCACAGAAUAGUCACAGACUUUGUGUGUCAGGGAGGAGAUAUAACUAACCAUGAUGGAACAGGUGGACGGUCAAUUUAUGGAACAGCAUUUGAAGAUGAGAAUUUCAUAGUGAAACACACUGGUCCUGGAUUGUUGUCAAUGGCAAAUAAGGGCAGAGAUACAAAUAAUUCUCAGUUCUUCAUAACACUUAAAAAAGCAGAACACUUGGACUUCAAGCACGUGGUAUUUGGGUUUGUGAAAGAUGGAAUGGAUGUUGUGAAAAAGAUCGAAUCCUUUGGUUCUCCUAAAGGGCUAGUAAAUGGAAGAAUUGUCAUUACAGACUGUGGGCAAAUAUAGAAUUAUUUCUUUGAGUAUACAAAUGUUUUAGCAGUAUAAAUCAGUACUUAGAUGUUAUUGACUAAUUAUUUCAACUUCUUAAAAUGGACACUUCUGAUGUAUAAAUGUAAAAUUACAGGCUAUAGUUGAAUUUUUUUAUGUGUUCUAAUUGAUUUUUUGCAUGGUAAAUAAACUUCAGGCACUGGCAUAUUUCAGGUGUAUUUGUGUUAUCCUGACAUAUUUGUAUUAAGUGUCAAAUUUUAAAAAUUAAAUCCUAGUCUUGUUAAAAUAAA